CGAAGGUGAAUAUAAAAGACAUUUUUCUUUAACGUAGUAAAGAAAAUGACACUUGUUGUGUUUUGCUUUGACUAAGUGCCACUUUGUGCUUUUGCAACAAUUUGUAUUUGCAUCAGUGUAUCGGAUCAUGCCUGAAUAUAAGCACGGCUGUCAAUACUUAACGCUCUUUAGCCUGACUUGCCUGGUUUGUUGGUUACAUUUCAUCUUCUGGAACCAAUCAUCUUCACCAUUGGUCCAAAGACUUAGGAACCAAUUGAAAGAAAUCCGUCAAAACCGAACAAAUGUGGGAGGAGUAACUACGAUCCAUCGCCAUUGUCAACAUGUGAGAGACACUUUUGCUCCCGAGUGGACCACAAGAUCCAUUAACGAAACCACCAAAAUGCUUUUUUAUCAAAGAAUUGCCCUAGAUCGCGACGAUCCCAAUCAGACUUUUUGGACUUUAGGCGAAAUUCUGAAGAUCCAACGAUCAGUCUCAAAUGAUGGGAAACCUCUGACCAAACUCCGUCCCAAAGAGUACCCAUCAUUACGUCCAGACGCAAUGACUCAGAUGUGUUUCAGCCCAACGAACCGAUCUAUUCCCAGACAACGGCUCAUCUACAAUCGUGUUCCCAAAUGUGCUUCGUCCACCAUGCAAAGUGUCAUAACUUUCUUGGGUCUGCGAAAUAAUUUCGAUUACCGUGCUUCUAACAUCUUCUGGAAACGCCUUCAAUCUACAAGUGAGGAACGUCAUUGGAUCCGAGCCGUCAAUCAGGAAAUCCAGGGUCUCCAAAGACCUUUAGUGACUGAUAGACACUUUUACUUUGUGGACUUGGAGCAAUAUGGAUCCGAGCGAGUCAAUUGGAUCAACAUUGUUCGAGAUCCCAUUGAGCGAUUGAUCUCGGAGUUUUAUUACCUCCGACAUCCCAAACGAUGGAUGAACCAAAGCCGACGUCCUUCCCAAACUUGGUUCAAUCUCACAUUUAACGAGUGUCUUCAAAAUGGCCUGCCCGAAUGCAUGUUCCAUCUUGAUGGAAAUUAUUUGAGAGAACUCCAGUUGACGUACUUUUGUGGAUCUGCCUUAGAAUGUAGUCAAGUCGGAAACCUCCGUGCCCUUCAGCAAGCCAAAUCCAAUUUGGAACGUCAUUAUUCUGUGGUAGGCAUCAUGUCAGACCUUGAAACCAGUCUCAGGGUUAUGGAGGCCUACUUACCUGCGUUUUUUACCGGUGCUGAGCACUUAUUUCGAAGAAUGAGGUCACCCAAUGGGGAGGAAUUUCGCCGGAAUCCGGGCAUCAAGCCGGUAACACCCCUGGAUUCAAGGUUGCACGAAAGUUUAAAAUCAAAUUUGUCGACGGAGUAUCAAUUUUACGAGUUUGCUUUGAAACGAUUGAUCGAUCAAGAUCGGCACAUUCGAAAAUCGGAAAAUGAAUAACAGAUGAAAAUUCUUGCUCGGAAAAUAUGUCUAUUUCUCACUCAUAAUUGCAUUGGAGGAACUAUAGAUUUGAUUAUUAUCUUCAAUACUCAUUGUGGAAUGACAUGCAAUGAA